UGCAGAUUUGGUAUAAAACUGGCUCCAUGACCAGGUAAAUUAAAAAUGCUUAAAAUAAUUGUAGGAUGUUAUGAGCAAAUGCUCUUGGGUUACUCUGUUACCAAAGAUAAGGAAAAAGAUGUUUUGAAAUCAGAAUUGCUUUUCACUGAUCAUUCUCAUAGUGGUUGUAUCAAGACUGUGGCAUGUGGGUCUUCAUAUUUGGCUUCUGGAUCUUCGGACGAAGCAAUAUUUUUGUUUGAUAUGACGGAUGAUAAAGAAGUUGGAUCCAUACAGGGCCACGAAGGAACCGUCAACUAUCUUACAUUCCCAGAUAAGAAAUUUCUAAUGAGUACGAGUGAUGAUGGAACAAUAAAUGUGUGGAGAGUAUCGGCGAAAUGGGACAAAGCGAAAUGUCUUCGAGGACACAAAGGGCCAGUCACAUCAUUUGCAGUACACCCAUCUGGUAAAUUGGCCCUUUCUGCGUCCCCUAAAGAUGGCACACUACGCACUUGGAACAUGAUAUCAGGGAGGCCAGUUUAUGUUAAGAAUAUGAAAAAAUUUUCACCAGAAAUCGUAAAAUUCAGCCCAGGGGGUGAACAUUAUCUGAUCACGUCUAAAAAUUGUCUCCAAAUUUAUGAAUUAGAAUCCGCGAAUUGUAUUGCCGAAAUUGAAUGGAAAAAAGCCAUUUUAGCUGCCGAAUUCAUUUCAAAUAAACUCCUAGCUGUAACAGGGGAAGGAAACGAAAUUCACAUUUAUCAAACAAAAAAUGGAGAGAGUGUCACAAAAAUAGAAGCACACACAUCAAGAGUGAAAGAUCUUCACAGAAUCACUCCGCCAAAAUUUUUGAUUGACAGCGACACUGAUAAUUCCCUAAUAUGGCUAGCAUCAGCGUCCAGUGAUGGCCAUGUCAAAAUCUGGUCUGUGGACGAACAAAAGUUAACGGAUGAAAGCACGAGUGUCCUGAAAUCCCCUCCUUGCGUGUUAGAUAUUGACACAAAAGCAAGGGUUACCUGCUUGACUUCGUGGGAAAGUAAAACUUGAAUUUGGUUUCCCUAUGUUGUUUUAAUAAAUGAUCAAUCAUGCA